AUGUCCUCUCCACCCUUCGGGCUCCGCUGGCGGGCAUCCACCAUCUUCAUCAUCGCGACAGUUGCAGUGGGGAUUUUCACCGACCUUUUCCUCUACGGUCUCAUUGUCCCAGUCUUACCAUUUCUACUCCGUGACCGCAUCUCGGUUCCACAAGACCAAGUCCAAAGCUACUCAUCCGCCUUGCUGGCCUCUUACGCCGGAGCCAGUGUUUUGUUCUCCCUACCCGCAGGAUGGAUCGCCGACAGGACGAGUUCCCGGCGGCUACCAUUUCUCAGUGGGCUGGCGGCCUUGCUGGCUGCUACGUUGAUGUUGUCGCUCGGUAAGAGUAUUGCUGUGCUUGUCAUGGCGAGGGUCUUGCAAGGAAUGAGUGGAGCGGUGGUCUGGACAGUGGGAUUGGCUAUGAUUAUGGAUACGGUUGGGGUGGGGAACUUGGGCAAGGUGAUGGGCACGAUCUUCAGCUUUGUUUCUGUGGGCGAGCUAGCAGCACCGGUGCUUGGUGGAGUGCUGUACGACAAGACCGGGUUUGCUGGCGUAUUCGGACUGAGUGCUGGCAUUCUGGGCGUUGACUUCAUCAUGCGAUUACUCGUUGUCGAGAAGAAAGUUGCUGCUCGAUACGAGGACCCCAAGCAAAACGCUCCUGAAAGUGACACCACUGGCGACGCAGAAGACACCUCUCCAACCGAAGAAGACGCCCUCCUCCCCAAGACCGAGAAAGACUACUACACCAUCCCUCCCAACCAGAACUCCAUCGUACGCAAUCUCCCCGUUCUCUACUGCCUCACGUCUCCCCGUCUCCUCACCGCUCUCCUCCUCGCAUUCAUGCAUGCGUUCAUCCUCGGCACAUUCGACGCGACCGUCCCAACCGAAGCAGAAUCCCUCUUUCACUUCUCCUCUCUAAGAUCAGGCCUCCUCUUCAUCGCUCUUGAUGUUCCGUACCUAAUCUUCGGGCCUCUCGCCGGCUGGACCGUCGACAAAUACGGGCCUAAACCCGCCGCCGUAUUUGGGUUUGGCUAUCUGGUUCCUACGUUGAUUUUGCUGCGUCUGCCUCACGCCGGUAGCGGUAGUGGCCAGAUAAUCCUGUACUGCGCUCUGCUCUCGCUCUGUGGGGUGGGGAUGGGCGUCAUUGGCUCGCCUAGCAUUGUGGAGGCAUCGAAUGUGGUGCAGAAAUUCGAUAAGGCGAAUGGGGGGUUCUUUGGCACGAAUGGACCUUAUGCGCAGCUUUAUGGCCUGAAUUCACUGGUGUUCAGUGCUGGACUGGCCGUGGGCCCCGUUCUGUCGGGCACCUUGAGAGAUAGCAUUGGUUAUGGGAACAUGAAUUUGGUGGUUGCGAUCUUGUCAGGAGUCACAGCGAUUUUGUCGUUCGUAUUUAUUGGGGGCAAGCCAAAGAUGCUGAGAUCUAAGAAUAGAUAG